GAAAGUUUUUUUUUUCGUUGAAAGUGAAGGGUGGACACGUAAUGGCGUCCGAUGGGGGACGGAGGCGAUGAAAAAGGUGUUCGUUGCGACUGUAUGCGACACCGGUUUUCUUUUAAAUUUAAUUCGAUUAAGUAAUGGAAAGGUAAAUGUGACGUUUGCAACGAGAAUUUUCUUUCAAAAAAGGUGAUGAAGUUGUCUCGAAGCCAUUCAUGGCUCAGACGAAUCGUCUACGUCGUCACUUAUUCAAAAUCCCUUUCUUCUUAUGCAUAGUUUGCGUUGUAUAUUUAUUAUUUCAAUCAAAAGAUUUCAAAGCCAAGUAUCAAACUAGAUCAGACCAAUAUACAGUGUUCAAUUCUACCGUGUUCAAUGCUAGUUCUGUCAUUGAGUCAUACAAGUUUCAUUGGAGCAAUUCUUCACAGUCAAUUGAAAUUGUUAUGUUGUUUACUCAUGUGCAGGAUCACAUUAGAAUGAAAGACAAACUUAUCAUAUGCUUAUCGUCACUGUUCGAACAUACAACGACCCCGUUACAUAUUCUACUAAUUACUGAUGAUUCCAGUUUGCCUAUUGCUAGAGACGUCUUGCUUGAAGUUACUGCUAAAUAUUCUAAUAAAUUGCAGGUGGAUUUUUAUCACGUAGAUAAUGUUGUGGAUCCACUUCAUGAAAUGGUGUCAUACAUGCAACCUCAUUUCACUUACAAAGAAGGAGCCUAUUACAGUGAUGCAUUGUUCUUUCUUUCCAUUGGCAUUCACAGAGUGUUCCCCCACAAGAAACUCAUAAUGAUGGACAUCGACAUCAAAUUCUUGUCCGAUGUGAAGGAACUGCACUCUCACUUUAAAAAGUUUGGUUCAAAUGCCGUGAUUGGCAUAGCCCAGGAGCAGCAGCCCGUGUAUCGUCAUCUUUUACACAUUUACAGGAGAAAGAAUCCCUCCACCAGGAUAGGCAGUCCCUCACCCAAAGGAAUGCAGGGUUUCAACAGUGGCGUGUUGCUCUUGAACCUGGAGCGGAUGCGGCGAUCAAGACUGUACAACGGCGUCAUCAAUGCCGAAACGGUGGAGAGACUGACGAAAAAAUACAGUUUCAAGGGUCACCUGGGCGACCAGGACUUUUUCUCCCUGAUUUCAUUCGAGUACGAGGAACUAUUCUAUGUGUUGCCAUGCACAUGGAACCGGCAGCUGUGUCAGUGGUGGAAGUACCAUGGAUAUGAAAGCGUUUUCGACGCCUAUUACAAGUGCAAAGGGAAGAUAAAUAUUUAUCACGGUAACUGUAAUGCGUAUCUUCCAGACUAAGCGAAGAGAUAUGGACGGGGUGGAACAUAAGUGUUAUAUGUCGGAUUUUGAUUUAUUCCUCUCUUAUCGACCAUAGUCUGUCGGUUCAAUCCACGAUUUACCCCGCUAGAGGCAGAAGUGCUAUGGAUCUAUAGAAAUAUAAACUAACAUUAUGACAAUCUGCCUCGAUGAACGGAAUGGUUAAUAAUAAGCACAAAGCAAUCCAAAAAGGAUAUUAAGGCCAAUCGUACCUCUUUGAUUAUGCAUGCAGUCCGGCAGAGGGCGUUAAAAAUUUAUUAAUGCCAUCUGCUGGAUCGCAUGCAUAAUCAAAGAGGUUAGAUCAUCCUUAAUAGUACGCCAAUGUGAGUGAGUUAUGUUCCACUCUGUAAAUUAUUAUUCAAGUGCCAGUAAAAAUGUUUAACUCAGGAUUCGAUUGUACAAUCUGUAAAACUUUUGCUGUCGUCGGUGUAAUUAUUCUUCCACACUCGGAUUCGGUGCCAUCGAAAAAUAUACUUUGCCAUAAUCAAAAACGUCAAUUAACACCGUACAAAUAUACUCUGUGCCAUUUGAAUAAAUUCUAUAUAUUGUAUAAUUUAGCAAUAUUUUUAUAAUUAGAAAAAUUAUCGGAGGUGUACGUAUAUAUAUAAAUAUUAUUUGUAGAGUGCUUAGUGUUACAGUAACCGGAUUUAUUUAUUUUGUUACUGUUAGGUGCAAUACUCGAAAAUCAAACACGACACUGUGAUUAAAAAUGUAGAAGAGACAUGCUUCGUUUCGUGCCAUCCUUGGACUGACAUAGAUUUCUUUUUUUAAGUCUUUUUGUAUAAUAAAAACAGAAAUGUUAUUUUAAGCUA